GGACGUGGCCUCAGGGCGAUUUGGAAGAAGCGGCCAGUUUAGAACAGCUGUGACAUCCGAAUCCGCGAUGCUCCAGCUGCCAGACAGCAAAGAGAAGAAGUUCGGCUUUCCCGCUGACCAUUCUGACAUUGCGAAAUUCAGCGAGAGGUACUCCGGUCCUUACAAGAUUGCGAUUCGUUAUCUGAAUAUCUUCGAGAAGGAUUCACAGGAGGUGGUGCGGAGAAGAUUUGGGAGCAGUGAACUGCUUCGACCGGAGCAAGCGACAUCACAAGCUUGGCAUGAAAGUUGAGCGACUGGAAACCGUCCCCUUCUCCCGCGACCCUGACUUCGUCAACCGCGGAGACGUUCUCGACCAGAUCGACCAGCGAUGUUCGGAGCCGGCCGGCCGUGUGGCCCUAGUGGGCCUCGGUGGCGUGGGCAAGUCGCAACUGGCUAUCGAAUACGCGCAUCGAACAGCGGCGAAGGACCCUGAUAGAUGGGUGUUCUGGGUCCAUGCCGGCACACAAGUACGCGUCGAGGAAGGGUUGAAGGCGAUCGCCGAUGCCGUGAAGCUACCAGGCCGGAGGCAGCCGAAGGCCGAUGUACCGCAGCUUGUGUAUAGCUGGCUGUCGAACGAGCGAAAGCGCCGAUGGAUCAUAAUCCUCGACAGCGCCGACAACGUCGACGUGUUCUUCGGCGCUGGCAGUAACCCUGAACGACGUCCGCUAGCUGCCUAUCUUCCGCAGAGCCCAAACGGGUCUCUUCUUGUCACAACACGCGAUAAGGAUCUAGCUUAUAGGCUAGUAGGGGGGUACAAGAAUAUAAUCAAGAUCGGGCCAAUGGUGCAGAGUGAUGCUCUGUUGCUCCUGGAGAGGAAAUUGAGCUUGCUCUCGGACAAGGAUUCAGCAGAGGAGCUUGUACGGGCGCUGGAAUACGUUCCACUAGCUAUUAGCCAGGCGGCGGCCUACAUUCAGAAAAGGUCGCCACGGAGCUCGGUCGAAAAGUAUUUGGCCGAGUUCCGCAAGGGCGAAAGCGAGAGAGCCUGGCUUCUAAGUCAUGACGAGGGCGAGUUUCGGCGAGAGGGAGGGGCUUCGAGUGCGAUCCUUGCGACCUGGCAGAUAUCCUUCGAACAUAUCCGCUCUAAGAGAGCUUCGGCGGCAGAUCUGCUCUCACUCAUGAGCUUCUUCGACCGACAAGGCAUUCCGGAGUCGUUACUAAGGCCGCCUCACAUGGACGGGGCAAUACAGGAGAGGAGAUCCGAUGUACAACACGAUUUGGGAUCCAACAAUAGCGAUGACAAGAUAGACAACAACAAGACGGACAACGGAUUCGAAGACAAUAUAACAAUACUAACAAACUUUUGUCUCGUAACUGUAAGCGAGAGCGGAGACACGUUCGAGAUGCACGGCCUCGUACAGCUGUCGACGAGGAUGUGGCUGGAGGCCUGUGGGAGGGAGGAGGAAUUUAAGCAUCAGUUUGUGUCACGGAUAGCCGCGCUGUUCCCACCCGGAGACUACAGUAACUGGGCGACGUGUCAGCGUCUCUUUCCACACGUUGAGAGGGCCGUAGAUUACCGACCAGUGGAGAGCAAACUGGAGGAGGCAUGGGCAACGCUGUUAUACAAUGGCGGAUGGUAUGCAGAAUUGCAGGGUAGAUAUGAUGUGGCAGAGCAAAUGGCUCGUAAAUCGAGGAGAAGCCGCAAGGAAACCCUGGGAAGAGAAGACGAGCGAACAUUAGCUAGCACGUCGCUAUGUGCAGAAGUGCUUCUGGAUAAAGGACUAUGGAAGGAGGCCGAGAAGCUGUUUGUGCAGGUGAUGGAGACUCGCAAGGCGAAGCUCGGGGCCGAUCAUCCCUCGACGCUGACGAGCAUGGCCAACCUGGCGUCGGCGCUUUGGGGCCAGGGCCGGUGGGACGAGGCCGAGAAGCUGGAGGUGCAGGUGAUGGAGACGAGCAAGGCGAAGCUCGGGGCCGAUCAUCCCUCGACGCUGACGAGCAUGAACAACCUGGCGUCGACGCUUUGGAACCAGGGCCGGUGGGACGAGGCCGAGAAGCUGGAGGUGCAGGUGAUGGAGACUCGCAAGGCGAAGCUCGGGGCCGAUCAUCCCAACACGCUGGCGAGCAUGAACAACCUGGCGUUGACGUACAGGGACCAGGGCCGGUGGGACGAGGCCGAGAAGCUGAAUGUGCAGGUGAUGGAGAUGAGCAAGGCGAAGCUCGGGGCCGAUCAUCCCGACACGCUGACGAGCAUGGCCAACCUGGCGUUGACGUACAUGAACCAGGGCCGGUGGGACGAGGCCGAGAAGCUGGGGGUGCAGGUGAUGGAGACUCGCAAGGCGAAGCUCGGGGCCGAUCAUCCCAACACGCUGGCGAGCAUGAACAACCUGGCGUUGACGUACAGGGACCAAGGCCGGUGGGGGGAGGCCGAGAAGCUGGAGGUGCAGGUGAUGGAGACGAGCAAGGCGAAGCUCGGGGCCGAUCAUCCCGACACGCUGACGAGCAUGGCCAACCUUGCUUUCGCGUGGAAGAGUCAAGGUCGACAUGAAGAUGCCCUAGCGUUGAUGCAAGACUGCGUGGAGGCGCGGGAGCGAGUCCUCGGGCCCGAGCAUCCCUAUACGCUGUCGUCCUUAACUGCUGUAUCGAAAUGGAGUAGCUAAGCUCAUCUUAAUUCUUCUUGCUGUAUAGUGUAAUCUGAAGGCCUCUAUUCGGUUACAUGUAAAACUACCGUAAAAGUGUCUACUGGGG